GAGAAAAUAAACGUUUAAAUUUGUUAAUUGUCAUCCUUUCGACUUGUCCCAGUACUUGAAGUUCUUCGCAAGGAAUUCUUCAUGUUACAUGCAAUUUCCAAGUUCCUUUUGUCUCUCUUCGGCGGUUCGUGACGGAAGCAUUUUUAAUUAGGCUUCUGGAUGCCCCAGGUACUACCCGUCGUUUUCUAUACAGAUAUGCACUUACGCGUUAGUUGUAUAUAUGCGCCGAAAUGACUCUGAAAUAACGUAGAGAGCUACCGUUUUCUACCAUAUAUAUUUUGAAUAAUAUUCAUCAAUUUUAUUCAUUAUUUGUCCAAAAGAUCUGUGUUUCACUCGAUUUGCAAAUACACAUUUAUCUACACAACAUAUCUAGAUAGAAAUGACGACGAUAUAAAAGAAGACGAAAGGAGAAGAUAAAAUAAGGAAGAAAUAAAUCGGCUCAUUCGUGACUUGAGAGAGAAAGAAAGAUAUAAAAGUAUUCGUGAAAAACUCAAACAGACACUUGAUUGAUCUCAAAAAGCUUGGCAUCAAUCGAUCGAUAGCGGUUGCCAAUAUUCGGUUAUCAUCAAUAUCGUUUAUAUGCGUAAAGAAUAAUAAAUGAGGAAAAGCAAUGAAGUCACGUAUGAUGGACGUUUACCGGUGUUGCUCGUCAACGAUAAAUAUCAAAAGUUAGGUGUCCUGAUUAAACGGGUCGCACGUACUAAACCAACACCGUUCGCAGACGACGAUAUGCUUGGCCAUGAGCUUGACAGAUCUCCUAGCUGAUCGAUAUUUACUAGCAACGGCCAUUGUUGCGAACGCCUCUCUCUUCCUCUCUUUAUCUAUCCUCUUUCUGUUUCUACCUAAUGCUACCUUUCAUUGUCGACCAGCAUCGUUUCCUUUCAUUGUGGAUCUUGACGUCGAUUUCUCUGUAUUAUUCAAAAUUGUUUCCAUCCUAUGCAUUCAUUGAACAAUUCACCAAUAUUUCCGAUACUCUGUCCGGCAGAGGUAAUUCCGGCCAGGUUCUUCUCGGAGAAGUCGACAUCGCAGUUAGAGAUGACGGUUCCGCCAGCGAGAUCACCACGGAGGAGCCUUAUUUGAAGAAAUGUAUCGUCAAUGGGAAUGCUUAUUCGCACAGUCAAACGAUACCGUCAUACGACGUCAACUCUCAUUGCCUCUGCGUCGCCGGCGAGGUUUAUUGUUGGUGGCAAAAUUAUAAUCCGAGUACCGACUCUUCAAUGGGUUCUGCCUCGUCGUUAUCGACGACUUUAGGAAGCAAUUAUACUCCCAUGUUGGAAGUGAGCACGGACACUGCCGAUAGUUCUGAAGCUUCCGGUGAUCAUCUUGUCGAGGAAACUCUCGUCGGGCAAUCACAAGGACGCGUCGAGAUCAACUCGACGUACUCGACUACGCCGUCUGCUCCAACAACGUGCCUCGUCAUGGGUAGGGAGUAUCGAGAGGGCGAGGUACUGCCGCAUUCGACCGGAAACUGCGUCGAAUGCAGCUGCGGCUCAGAGGGUCGAGUUGAGUGUUCUCCUCGGGAUUGCGUACCUCUAAGGCCUGAGAUACCGGUCGCACCAGAUAUACCCGAACCACCAGGCGCUGAUUUCGAGCUCUUCGAUUUGGCACGAGAUCGAGGGAUCGACGAGGGAUUUUAAUAAGCUUCUUCUUUUCCCUUUUCUCAUCCUUUUCCUUUCCUUUUUCCCUUUUCGUUUUUCUUUUUUCGAGAACCGUCUAAUCUAACGAUGACUCUGCUCGUUCUUUUACGAACGUCGUUCGCCAACUUUUUCAACGGAUUCAUGACUCGUAUACAUUUCGUCGUUCUCGAAGCAACGAUUCCUUUUGAAAAGAAAGAAAAAACAAAACAAAACGAAACAACGAUCUUAUAUCUUCUUCUAAUUUAGAAUGGAGUUUGCGUUCGCAAUAGAUCACAUAUGGAUCAUCGCGAGACCUGCAAGUCAAGAUAGGAAACUAAUCGAUAAAUCGGCGCCUUCUCUCUUAAUUGAGAACGUGCCUUUCCAUUUCUUCCAUUUAUUGAUUUACCUCAAAAAUAAUUUCUUUUUUUUUUUCUUUUUUUUUUCCUUUGCUUUUUUUAGUAACGCCUAGCGUAAACUUUUCUAAAAACGAUCAAGUGAGAUUAUUGUAUCGAUCUCCUUUCUCGAUAUCCACGAUUUUCAAUCGCCUAUUAUUAUUACUUUUAGUCGAUCAUAUUCUAAUAUUUCCUUUGGGAAGAACAAAUCGCGAAAAAUGUUUUGCAAAGUCAAUGGAAGACGUCGUAGUAAAAAUUUUUUAAAAGAACACCGAAAACAGUACGAACGAAGAAAUGUAUUACUUCGCACGGAAAGAGCUUUUCUCUUUCCAAAAUUUGCGAAAUUUUCGGUAUGUUUAGUGAUUUUUCGAGGUAUUUUUCCUGACCAAAUAGGAAAAUAUCUUCUGUAGGGAACGGCCUAUGAACGUAAUAAGAAAAAGAAGAAAAAAAAAGGAGAAGAAAACAAUGUAGGAAAUCGGCCUACGCGACAUUAAUAAGAAUGAAUUUCAUCAAGUAGCUAAGUGA